CCUUCCGCCACUUCGACACUCCCCGACAAACAGCCGAUAAACCCCUGUAAAACCCUCUUAUUUACAGCCGCUAGUUAACCCUUGAAGAUUUUUUUUCCCUCUUUUUUUUUUCCCAAAAGAUUUAUCAAGACGGCAGCUCUUGGCAGUAUUGUUAUUAACAGCACUAGCAAUAAGCUGGGCAGAGUUUCAGCAGCUAUGGCUAAAAUGGGGUUCUCUGCUCAGGCUACCCCUUUUCGGGCUUCCUCUUUUUGCCCGCCGUACUUCCGGUUUUGCCGUUCCUGUACGCAGUUUUACUCAUUUUCUUCUUCGAGCAGAGUCUCAUGCAGGUUGGAAGAUAGAGCGCCCCAGAGUGCAAAUGGUCUCUUAUCUGACAGGAUUCUCAGUUCCGAUUCAAUUGAGUUAAACCAAAGAUCGAGUUACAGUACAUAUCAGCACAAUGAAAGUCAAAUGCUUUAUAGACAAAGAAACAAUUAUGCAUCUUCUCAGUGGGAAAAGCCUUUGGUUUAUAGAAGGGUGGACAGGAGAGUGGAAGAUAAUAGAGAAGUUUCGUAUGGAUUAUAUCCUCCAGGACAUACUGCAGAAGCCUGGGGUAGAGCUACCGAAGAGUGUAGACAGAACAAGGAACUAUUUGCGUAUAGAAAUAAUGCAUCUGCAAAUCUUAAAACACUUACAGAAGAAGAUGUUGCAGGAAAAGCCAAGUCUGGGAGAAGAAACAUAUAUGAAAGAGAAGGGAGUGGAUUACGCAGGGCAGAGAAGGAAUAUACUCAAAGUGGUGGAGACCAUGGGCUUCGUGUUUCCCAUAACCAAAUGUCUCUGGUUCAAGCGGGAUGUAGCACAGUGUCAGACACAAAUGAUGCUGAUAAAAAGAUAGUGUUUGACAGCUGUUCAGUAAAGAAAGGUGUUCUCCCCAACGGAUUGGAAAAUAAGGGACGAAAAGGUUCCAUAACCAACAAGGUCAAAAAAGAAGCUAAACCUGCUGCCAAAAAGACUGUUUUAAGUGAUACUGUUAGUGAACCUCUAAGUGAGAAAAUCACUGCUUCUGGAGGCACAGAGCUUCAUGAGAGGCUUAGUCAGGUCUAUGACACGGUUCUUGUGGUUGAUAGCAUCCCAGCAGCUAGGCAAGUAGUCAGUAAGCUCACGAAUGAAUACAAAAAUCUCAUUCACGCAUGUGAUACAGAGGUGGCAAACAUUGAUGUUAAAGAAGAAACACCAGUUGACCAUGGAGAAAUUAUUUGUUUUAGCAUAUAUUCUGGUCCAGAGGCUGAUUUUGGUGAUGGAAAGUCCUGUAUCUGGGUCGAUGUGCUCGAUGGAGGUGGAAAGGAUCUUCUGAAAGAGUUUGCUCCAUUUUUUGAAGACCCUUCCAUUAAAAAAGUGUGGCACAAUUAUAGCUUUGAUAAUCAUGUAAUAGAGAAUUACGGACUUAAAGUUUCUGGUUUCUAUGCUGAUACCAUGCACAUGGCUCGAUUAUGGAAUUCCUCUAGGCGAACAGAGGGGGGGUAUUCUCUAGAAGCACUCACUGGUGAUUCUCAGAUCAUGUCUGAUGCUAAGAAAGGCCCUGGUGAGAAGGUGAUUGGAAAAGUAUCAAUGAAGAACAUAUUUGGCAGGAAAAAAUUGAAGAAAGAUGGAUCAGAGGGAAAACUGAUCACCAUUCCUCCUGUUGAAGAGCUACAACGAGUUGAGAGAAAAUUAUGGAUUUCUUAUUCUGCUUUAGAUUCAAUAAGCACAUUGAGGCUUUACGAAAGUUUGGAGAAGAAACUAAGGAAAACCCCCUGGAGUGUUGAUGGACAUUCCAAAGGAUCAAUGUUUGAUAACUAUGUAAAAUAUUUGCAGCCAUUUGGUGAGCUUCUUGUAAAAAUGGAGACAGAGGGAAUGCUGGUUGAUCGUUUAUAUCUUGCUGAGAUUGAAAAGGUGGCUAAAGCUGAGCAGCAGGUUGCAGCUGAUAGAUUUCGCAAAUGGGCAUCAAAGUAUUGCCCUGAUGCAAAAUACAUGAAUGUGGGAAGUGAUGCACAGUUGCGGCAGUUAUUUUUUGGUGGUGUACAGAACAGCAAGGACCAAAAUGAGUUUCUUCCAGUGGAGAAAGAUUUUAAAGUUCCCAACGUAGAUAAUAUAAUUGAGGAAGGCAAGAAGAAUCCGACGAAAUAUCGAAAAAUCAUAUUGCGCAAGCCUGAUGGUGUUAACAUUGAAACGGAUAAAUACACUGCAAGUGGUUGGCCUUCUGUUAGUGGAGAUGUUUUAAAAAAUCUUGCUGGGAAGGUGUCUGCUGACUUUGACUUCCUGGAUGAAGACAAUGAUGAAGAACUGCCUGAAAAUGUGACUCAUAAAUCUUCUGACAAAAACACAGCAGGUCUAGGUAUAGAUACGUCUGCUUGUGGAGCAGCUUACUCAGCAUUUGGUGGUGGACAAGCAGGAAUUGAGGCUUGUCAUGCCAUUGCUGCUUUAUGUGAAGUUUGUUCAAUAGACUCCUUAAUAUCCAAUUUUAUUCUCCCUUUACAGGGCAAUCAUAUUUCAGGCAAGAAUGGGAGAAUCCAUUGUUCUUUGAAUAUUAACACUGAAACCGGACGGUUAUCUGCAAGAAGACCUAAUUUGCAGAACCAACCAGCACUGGAGAAAGAUCGUUACAAGAUUCGGCAGGCAUUUAUAGCUGCACCUGGCAACUCUCUGAUAGUAGCUGAUUAUGGACAAUUAGAACUUAGGAUUCUUGCACAUCUGGCAAACUGUAAGAGCAUGUUAGAUGCUUUUAAAGCUGGUGGUGAUUUCCACUCGAGGACUGCUAUGAAUAUGUAUCCACAUAUUCGUGAAGCUGUUGAGCGAAAAGAUGUGCUUCUUGAGUGGCAUCCUCAACCUGGGGAAGAUAAACCUCCAGUGCCCUUGCUAAAGGAUGCUUUUGCUUCUGAAAGAAGGAAGGCAAAGAUGCUCAACUUUUCCAUUGCAUAUGGAAAAACUACUGUGGGACUCGCUCGCGAUUGGAAGGUUUCUCGUGAGGAAGCUCAGGAAACAGUGGACCGCUGGUACAGUGACAGACAAGAAGUGUUGUCUUGGCAGGAACAGCGUAAGAAAGAAGCGCGUAAAUAUCGAUCUGUUCACACGUUGCUAGGACGUGCUCGCCACUUCCCAUCUCUAAAGAAUGCCAGCUCUGCUCAUAGAGCUCACAUUGAACGUGCUGCAAUAAAUACCCCAGUACAGGGAAGUGCUGCAGAUGUCGCCAUGUGCGCCAUGUUGCAAAUAUCAAAGAAUGCACGUCUCAAGGAGCUAGGGUGGAGACUUCUAUUACAGGUUCAUGAUGAAGUGAUCCUAGAAGGGCCGACAGAAUCGGCUGAGGAGGCCAAGGCUAUAGUGGUUGACUGCAUGGAGAAGCCAUUUGAUGGGAAAAAUUUUCUUAGAGUUGAUUUAGCUGUCGAUGCCAAAUGCGCUCAAAACUGGUAUUCUGCCAAGUAGACAAAUGCUCAUUCCUUUGUAUCGACUGUACAACGUCGCCCUGUGCCUUGACAGACGUAUCUGAUCACGUUUCUCCGCAUCUGGCUUGAAAGUUUCCUGAUUUUGGGGUUGUGGGGGUGAUGAUGGCGGGACAUCUUACGAGAUGAGGUCCUUUAGCUGUAUAUAAGGUGAAAACCUUACCGUAUACAUUCUAUGCUACAAAUGUCGGCUUUAUUUUUUAUUUUUAUUUUUUUUAGUCGUGUGAUUACUAAUGGAAGUGUACUGUUCUGAUAGAGCAGCAACAAUGUCUAAUUUAACAAGAAUUCCGGUUUUCGAAA